AUGCACUACACGAGCUCGAGUUCAGGCGACUCCGAUGUGGUAGAGCCGCCGACGGUGUUUCUGCAGUACCAUCUGGGCUACUACGGUGCACGUUUUCACGUGCAACUCGACACCCAAACCUACGUGCUCACGCUAGAGAGCCUGACGGGACCGGCUGUGAACGCCACGGAGCUCUUGAAUAACUCGAGGGAAUUCUGCAUGUCGCAGGUAGACUCCGUGGCGCAGCACAAGCGCUGCACCAGUUACUCGUUUGAGGAGGCAGUCACCCUACUGCUUGCCUUCGCCGUUAUUGCUGAGCAGCUUCCGUGUGGUUGUGCUGCUAAAGCGGUUUCCCUCGUGGUACGCACUAAUAGCUUUGCCACGUCAGUGCGACAGCUCUCUGUCUUCGUGGUUGGGGGUGCUUGCUACCAGUGCUUAUUGGCUACGUCGUGUGUGGCACGGUGGUGUUUGGUGAGAUUAGCAGCAUUUACUCCCAGACCAUCCCCAGCGCCGUUGUGGCACUUCUGUGCUUUAUGUUUAGCGACAAUCUGCGCGACACUCCUUCACAUGGAUCAAUCGCUGCACUGGCUGCAGAUGCUUUUCGCUCGAGUAUAUGUCCUCACUUUCCUGGCACUGUUUGUGUGCAGCAUCCCCAGCAUUGCUCACAGCAUAAUCCAGGACUCCUACAAUGAGGUGUUCAAGUCGUAUGUGAGCACUGUGAGGGCAGCUGCAGAGGCGGCCACCGUGACUCAGCAGCAGCAAACUCAGAGGCAACAAUGGUGGGACUAG